GAGUAUUCUUGUGAUACAACGGUUGUCGAGUUUUCAGGCGUAAGUGUUGAAUUUAUAUAUUAUUUUCAUUGUGGUGUGUAAAGUGCUGUAUACUAUAUAAACCGAAUAAUAAUAUUAGCAACAAUUUGAAUAGAUGAAAAAUAAUUUCGUACUAAAAAAACUAAAGUAAUGAAAAGUGUGAUGACUCACGUAACACGUUGACGAGCGAACUUUCUACAAUUUGUUACCUUCGACAUUGUUCAUAACCAAUCUUAAAAGGAUGGAGGAACCUCCAGGUGGUAUCGUCAAAACGGAAAUUCCGGACGUAAAACCGGAAAUAAUAGAAACAGCGGUCGAAGUGUUGGAACAAAAUACAAAUUUUAUAGAAAUAGAAAGAACAGAUGAAGAAAAUGGUGAAGUGCAUACUGUAGUUUUACAAAAUAUAGAUAUACAAGAAAAUGGUAAUGAUCAAUUAGCUAUUAUUGGUAAACUUAUCUCCCAAAACAAUUCAGAUGGUAAUCUCCGAAUUGAUACUAUGAAGGAAAACAAUGUUAUACAUACUUAUAUAAUCAAUAAUACAGAGUACGAAGAGAUAGACGGAGACGCAAUAAUUUACGAAGAAGUCUGCGAAGAUGAAAAUUCCAUAGAAUACGUAAUCGAGGAAGAUAUAGGUUAUGAAGAAACUGUAGAUUCGACGUCACAAGAUGAUUACAACAGCGCAGAAGCAACAGACGAAUAUGAAUUCCGCGACGAAGAAGAAGCGAUAGACGAUCCCGAAUCGAUAGAUGAUGAAGUACUUACAACCGAUGAAGAAAAUCGAAGAAAAACUGAAAAUAACGAAGGUGCGAAAGAAAAUUCACUUAAGAGAAAGCGGUUAUUGGAAAACGGUGAAAGUUCUAAUAAUGGUGGAGGAACGGACGCCGUGCAGGAUUUCAAAGACGAGCAAUUUGAGUGCGAUUUGUGUCACAAGCUUUUCCGUACUUCAGCAGCUCUGAAGAGACACAUUACGGUGAAUCACGAAAAACGCGAAGAAUCUCAAGGGGACGAUCCGUUGUCGUUAGAAUUGUGUCCUUGUUGUGGAGAACCAUCAGAUUCCGGUCACGUGAUAGGUGAUUUCAAAUGCGAAGAUUGCGAUAAACUAUUCGUCCAAUUGAACUUCCUCCACCGCCACGCUAGCAUAGAACAUCCGAAGAGCGACGUAUAUCAAUGUUCGGAAUGCUCAAAACAAUUCAACACCAAAGACGGUUUGGUCGAUCACAUGCGAGUCCAUUCGGUGAAAACCGUCAAAUGCUUGGAAUGCAACAGGGAAUUUACGAGAAAAUACCAUUUGGAAAGACACAUGGGACAGACCGGAUGCAUGGGACAACCGAGGAAAGUAUUCGAUUGUAGGGUGUGUCAAAAAUGUUUCACGAGAAAAGAUAACCUCGCCGAACAUUUGAGAAUCCACGCCGGACAAGCGAAAAAGAAGAAGAAAUUGACUUGUACUUAUUGCGAUAAAGAAUUCCAAGGACUCACGUUGUUGAAUAUACACGUGCGCACUCAUACAGGCGAAAAACCUUAUCCGUGCGAUUUGUGCCCGAAACGGUUUCCAUCUAGCGGAGCUUGGAAGAAACAUAGAAGAAUGCAUACCGGGGAAAAACCGUAUCGGUGUAAUCAGUGCGACAGGACGUUUGCCGCCAAAGAGACCCUCAAUCGUCAUCUGCGUACCCACACCGGGGAAAAACCGCAUCAGUGUAAAUUCUGCGGCAAAGCUUUCAUUCAACCAUCUCAGCUUCGAGCUCACAUUUUCCACCAUACAGGUGAAAACGCGUACACUUGCCAGUAUUGCGGAAGGGCUUUCAAUAGAAAACUCCGUCUGACAACUCACAUUAAAUACAUGCACGAAGGGGCCGAACCGCUGCCUUGUCCCAAAUGCGAAAAAACAUUUUUCAGAAAGGAAGAUGUCGCUAGGCACAUGUUGUCUCACAGCGGGGAAAAACCGUUCGUUUGUGAAAUAUGUCAAAAAGGAUUCGCGGUGAAAUCUUCUUUGAAAAUGCACAUGAAUAUCCACAGGAAGGAACCGCCUUGCAGCUGUGAGACUUGCGGUAGAGCGUUCAUAAGACGCGACUGUCUCAUGAGACACAUCAGAGCUAGACACCGAGAUGUUUUGGAAGACAUUUUAGCCAACGCCGAAAAGAAGAGACUCCAACAACAAUUAUUAACAGCAGUUAGCGAAUCGGCGAACGAUAGUUUAACAGAAAAUAUAAUUUGGAACGAAUUGACUCUAACGGAAUCAAUCAAGGAACUUUUGACGCUUCUCGUUGAUGAAGAAUGUCUUACGGAAUUCGGUUAUCCCGACGCCCCGGUGGACAGGGUGUUGGAUUCGGUUAUAAAACGUUGCGGACACAAUCCUGCUUCGGAAGAAGAUUUCGAUUAUAUAGGGAGGAUCAGGGAAAAUGCCAAGUUAUUGUUCACCGUCGUUAUAGAUGACGAAGCCGUCAAAGCGUUGUUGAAUAAUCAAACUGUCGACGAGGUUAUAUUGCACGUCUUGAGACUGGCCAGAAAAGAAAAUAAAACUUGAAUUUUUCGAUUUCAUUUUUCGGAAAUUUUCCCGUACUAUAUAUACAUAAUGGAAAUAUACUUUUUUGAUAUUGGAA